AUGACCGAAAAUCGUUAUUCAGUUGAUUAUGCUAAACUUGGAACAUCAGCAUGUAAAAAAUGUAAAGCAAAAAUUGCUAAAGGUGAAAUACGUAUUGCUAAAUUAACACCUAGUCCAUUUUCGGAAGGUGAUAUGAUGAAAAUUUAUCAUCAUGUACAAUGUAUGUUUGAUACAUUUCUUCAUGCACGAGCAACAACAAAAAUUAUUGAAAGUUCAACUGAUCUUGAUGGAUGGUUAAAUAUAAGUCCACUUGAUAGAGAAAUUAUUUUGGAACAAAUUAAACGAGUUCAAGAAGCAAAAGCUAAUAAACCAGCAACUAAAUCACCAGCAAAAAAAACAACAAAAUCUGUCACUGCUGUAGUUCCAAAACCAACAGUAGUUACACCAAUAAAGAAAGUAUUACCACCAACAACAUCUGCUUCAAGUGCAAACGAAGAUGAUGAUGAUAAUGAAAUAACAAUUGAUAAUGAUGAUAUUAAAGUUAUUGAUAAGAAAAAAUCGGUAGCAAUAAAAGAAGAUACAAUAGAUAGAUCAACAACAGCAACAACUGGAGUCCAUAUACCCAUAAAUGAUGAUCCGAAACAUCCAGAUAAUUCGUUUCGACAAUUUCGUGGUCUUUGUACAAAAAUUGCUGAAACAAAUGGUCAUUUAGCUAAAACAUCUAUUGUUGAACAAUUUAUUACUUAUGGUAGUGAUGGUGAAAGUUAUAAAGGAAACUUAAGUCUAUUAUUUCAUCUUCUUUUACCAAGUAAAGGUUAUAAGUCAAUAAUUUAUAAUCUAAAAUCAAAACAAUUAUGUAAACUUUUUUCAAUAAUUUUUCAUGAAAAUGUAAGUGAAAUGAUUCAAAAAUGUGAAGAAUGUGGUGAUAUUGCUGAAACAAUAGGUGAUUUUUAUGCAGCAACAACACAUGUAAAACCACCACCAAAAACCAUGUUAUCAAAUUAUGAUGUUGACAAUUAUUUACAUGAAUUAGGUCAAUUAACACGUGAACAAGACCAAAUACAAUUAUUACGUAAAAUAACUGAAAAAUCAACCGUUAAUGAUUUACGUAUGUUUAUUCGUCUUAUUCAAAAAGAUCUUAAAAUUAAUGCUGGUCCCAAACAUAUUAUUGAUAGUCUUGGCCCAAAUGCUUAUGAAAGUUUUCAAGCGACAAACGAUUUACAAUCGUUUAUUAAACGUUAUUUAGAACAUAAAAAUUCUAUUGAUAAUGGUACACAACUUAAUAAACAAUUAUCAAUUAAAAUUGAACUUAUGACACCAGUUCAUCCAAUGCUUGCUGAACCAUGUAAAUCCGUUGAUUUUGCAUUUAAACGUUGUCCAAAUGGUUUUUAUGCUGAAAUAAAAUAUGAUGGCGAACGUUUACAAUUACAUAAAGAUCAAACAAAUAAAUUUAAAUUUUUUUCUCGAAGUUUAAAACCUGUUACUGAACAUAAAAUUGAACAAAUAAGUCAAUAUGUUUCAAAAGCAUUUCCAAAAGGUGAAUCAUUGAUACUUGAUGGUGAAAUUUUAUUAAUUGAUAGAAAAACAAAAAAACCAUUACCAUUUGGUACACUUGGUGUACAUAAAAAAAAAGAAUUUUCAGAAGCUAAUGAAGCAUUUUUCAUUUUUGAUUGUCUUUAUUAUAAUGGUCAAAGUCUUUUACACAAGACAUUAAAAGAACGUCGUGAAAUUCUUACUGAACAUAUGGCACCAAUUGAAAAUCGUAUUCUUCUUUCUGAAUUGAAAACAAUCAAUAAAAAAAGUGAACUUAAACAUCUAAUCAAUUUUACAAUUGCCGAAGGACUUGAAGGAUUAGUUCUUAAAAAUCCUGAUGGAAUGUAUGAACCAAAUAAACGUCAUUGGCUUAAAGUUAAAAAAGAUUAUUUAAUGGAAGGUACAAUGGCUGAUACAGCUGAUUUAGUUGUCCUCGGUGCUUAUUAUGGUACAGGUAAAAAAGGUGGUUUAAUGAGUGUCUUUUUACUUGGUUGUUAUGAUCCAAAAACUGUUCGAUGGUAUACUGUUGCAAAAUGUGGUAAUGGUUUUGAUGAUGCAACAUUAGAAAAACUUCAACAUGAAUUAAAACCAAAUAUGACAAAAAUAUCGAAAAAUCCAAAUCAAAUACCUAAAUGGUUAAAUAUUAAUCGUGAUCUUGUACCAGAUUUUAUUGUUAUUGAUCCGAAAAAAUCACCUGUUUGGGAAAUAACUGGUGCAGAAUUUUCUAAAUCUAAACAACAUACAGCAAAUGGUAUAUCGAUUCGAUUUCCUCGUGUAACAAAAGUCCGUGAUGAUAAAACAUGGAAAGAAGCAACAGAUCUUGAUUAUUUAACUGUACUUUUUGAAAAAUCCAAACCAUCAAAAAAAGAAAAUGAUGAUGAUGAAGAUGAAGAAAAUCUUUUUCAUUUUGGCGAUACAAAUGAUGAUAAUAAUAAUAAUAAUAAUAAUAACAAUAAUAAUAAUAAUAGUCCACAAAAACCAACACCAACUAAACGUAAAUUACUUGAAAUUGAUUCUGAUGAUGACAUUGAAAUGCAACCAAAACCAACUAAAAUUAUACGUAAACCAUUACCAAAUAGUUUACUUAAACUUAAUUUUCCGAAUAUAUUUGAUAAUCAAUAUAUUUAUUUAUCAUCAUCAUUACCAAUGGAUGAAUUUAAUAAAUUAAAACGACAUAUUGAAGCAUUUGGUGGUCAAGUACUUUCACCUAAAGAUACUGAUAAUGAGAAACAAUUAUCACGUGUAACACAUUGUGUUGGAGAAAAAGAUGCAAUAUUUGAUAAAAUUGAUUUUGUUAAACGAAAAGUUCAAACUAAUGUUACACAUAUAUCAUUACCAACAGUUUAUGUUUGGAAAUGUAUUGCAAAUAAAACAAAACUAUAA